AUGGCUAGUGAGGAGAGUUUUGUGGUUUUGGUGCACCACAGAGGAUCUGUUAAUAGAAAAACUCGUUCCGGAGUAAAGUUCACAGAUAAGAAUCCUCUAUGUAUUAUCGUAACUUCUACGACGAGUUAUGAUGACCUUGUUAGCGCUGUACUAAUGAAGCUCGGUCUGGAAGGUGCGAAGCGAGUAAAGAAGUUUUUCUAUCGCAUUCCAGUGACGGUGCUACAGAAUACCAUGAAGUAUGAUUGCUUCACGAUUAAUAAUGAUGUGGACUUGCAAGUAAUGUUUCUUUGUCGGCGGCAGUUUCCGGAGGUGAGGACACCAGAGUUGUUGGCACGGCUGGUUGAUGUGGUAUCCAGCUCCGGCGGUUCGAACCGGAAUACGAACACUAUAGCGAAUCCAGAAGAAGGCGAGGAGGUAGUCGAAAGGGAAAAUUUGCCGAACGCUUUAGUGGGAGUUGCACCUGUUGGCGUUGGAGACGGUUUUUUGGGUGAUGAAGAGGAUGAUGACGUCGAGCCGGAUAUGAUUGACGAUGACAGCGCUGAUGAUAUUGGAGCGAAUAGGCCUGCAUUGGCGGUAGGUGGUUCUAGCUCUGGCACACAGCAGUAUCCACCACAUUUUUCCUCGUUGGACUUGGACGCCAUGAGACAUGAGGGGGUUUCAGGGCACGCUGUUGGAUUCGGAGCUAGAGAUGCGGAAGGGGCUGCCGGUCUGACAGAGUUCCAGGUUGGUCAGCAAUUCCCGGAUAAAGAUGAGGCCCUUUUAAGUGUGAAGACUUACAGUAUCCGACGAGGGAUACAGUACAAGGUGGUGGAGUCCGAUCACCGCUGGUAUGUGGGCAAGUGUUCCGAGUUUGGGAAUGGGUGCACAUGGUUGAUUCGACUGAGUCUCCGGAAGCGCAAGGGCAUUUGGGAGGUCAAACAGUACAAUGGACCUCACACUUGCCUGGCCACAUCCAUCUCGAGUGACCACAGGAGUUUGGAUUAUCAUGUGAUUUCAGCGUUCAUUAUGCCAAUGGUAAGGGCUGAUGCAUCCGUUAGCAUAAAGGUGCUCCUGAACGCCACGGCAGCGCACUUUGGUUUUAGGCCGACUUACCGGAGGGUUUGGAUGGCGAAGCAGAAAUCUAUUGCCCUCAUCUACGGUGACUGGGAUGAGUCCUACAACGACCUGCCUAGGUGGGUGUUGGGUGUCCAGCUGACGAUGCCUGGUAGUGUUGCGGUUCUUAAGACGAGCCCGUUUCGAGUUGGAGGACAGGUGGACGAGUCUCAAGCGUACUUCCACAGACUUUUCUGGACUUUCCCGCCGUGCAUCGAGGCAUUCCGUCAUUGCAAGCCGCUAGUCAGCAUUGACGUUACACAUCUGUAUGGGAAGUAUGGGGGAACGUUGCUCAUCGCGAUUGCACAGGACGGGAACUCCAACAUUCUACCUGUUGCAUUCGCACUAGUAGAGGGUGAGAAUGCGGAGUCCUGGACAUUCUUUCUCUCGCACCUUCGCCAGCACGUGACCCCGCAGCCCGGUCUGCUGGUUAUAUCGGACAGGCACAACGGCAUCAAGGCUGCGCUUGAGGCCCCUGACGGCGGUUGGUUACCUCCAUCUGCGGGCAAAGACGCUAGGAGGCUCCUAGUGAACGCGGCGUAUGCGAAGACCGAAGUUGAAUUUGAUUACUGGUUUGAUAUUCUGCGAUCUGAAGAUCCGGCGAUGUGUGAGUGGGCGAACCGGAUUGAUUACUCGUUGUGGACUCAGCAUCAUGAUGAGGGGCGGAAAUUCGGUCACAUGACGACGAACAUCUCCGAGUGUGUGAACUCUAUCCUCAAGGGGGUCAGAAAUCUCCCUGUAGCAUCCCUGGUGAAGGCAACAUAUGGUAGGCUUGUGGAACUCUUUGUUCGCAAGGGGAGAGAGGCUGAGGCCCAGAUGGGAACAGGACAACAAUUCAGUCAGCAUUUGGUGAAGUGUAUUGAAGCCAACUUGAAGACGGCCAGGUGCUUCACGGUGACGCUGUAUGACCGGGAUAACUCCGAGUUCACUGUAGCAGAGACCACUCCGACUGGUUCUUUCUCCUUGGGUACUUACAGAGUAUCACUUGCCUCUCGGACAUGUGACUGCGGGUACUUCUAG